AUGAGUAUCUUGUCAGAGAUUUUGAGCACGGUUUGUUCUGGAAAUUCUCAAAAAAGAAAAAUAAUAUAUUUCUUCAGGGUCAUGUCGACAAGGAGCUCCUUGACGCGUUGGACGACGAGCAAAAGCAACUUUUGUUCUGUCAAAUGCGAGCCGAGCAAGUGAGGAAAUGGCAGGCCGCCGAGGAGGAACUUGAACGCGACGGUCCGCCCUUCCGGCCACCCAAGAAGAAGUCCCUCAAGUGAGUUGACAGAUGUUUUUAUGAAGUCCAUAUUUUUCAUGGCAUAAUAAAUAGUGUCUGCUGAAGAUGAUUAGAAAAAGAUAUCGUUAUAUUAAAUUGUUCAUUCUUUUUUCAAGAAAUCAGUGGUUCAAAAAUAUAACUAUGAUUUUGUAAAUCAUGAGGAGUCGUAAUGGUUUCAUUUUGUAGGAUUUUCCAAGCUAUCAAGUUGAUUUUUAGAAUCUAUUUCGUUUUGUUAUGUGGACUGUCGAUGGUCUUUAUUUUCGAUGAAAAAAGUUUUUUUGUAAAAGUGAGGUUUCGGAAAGCUUCAGUUUUCCUAUGAAUUACAGCUUAUUAUCAAUGUUUCAAUUCGUAUUAUUUUGAUACUCCAGAAAAGUUCUGUGAAAGUUUUUCUUGACAACCGACCUGUAAUAGUUUUAACUUUAUGAGAAAUUGUGUUUCUGUACUUACGAGGCUCUAAUAGUUGAUAUUCUUUUUCUGCUUGCCACUUAGAUCAUCGUGAACUCGUUUGGCACCAUAAAAUUUUUAUCUGAUUGGAUGAAAUCUUGGCGACCGAAUUAACUUGAAAUUCACAUAACCGUAUAUAGAAGAGUAACUUCCCUAUCCAGAUGGCUGAAAGGAACCGACGGCGAGGUCUGGGUGUGGGUGAUGGGAGAACACUCGACGGAUCGGUCGAUCGAGGAGAUUCUCGACGAAGAGGCGCGACAUCAGGCCCACGCACUCGCUGUUCGCGAACUCGGCGACGUCGCCGACGCGAAUGCUAAGAUCGGCGAGUUCGACGAGGACGCUCUGAUGGCCCAACUCGGCAACUUUCGCAUCGGCGGAACUGUCGGUUUCUCCUCGUUGCCUGAAACUUUCUCCUUUUCCAGGACUCCAUCGAAGACGAUUCCAUGGACUCGAACAACCUUUUACUCUUCCAACCUCCACGUCCAAGCGUCUACUCGAAUGCCAACGGUUUGCAAGAUUCUGAAUAUUGUUUCAAAAGUUGAAAGAAACUAUAACGUCCUUUUUUAUUAUCAUUUUCAAAAAAAUUGUUCAAAGGCAAAUAAAAGAAGUUUUUUGGAACAUCCCUUUUUUUCAAAUAACUAUCAAAAGAAUCUUCUAAAAACGUAUUGAGUAAAGAAAUUGGGAAGAAUAAUAACAGGAUAUCCCAUUCCACUGUGUUUGAAAAUAUUCCAGUAUAGUAUAGUUUAGAGAAAAACGCUCUUACACUAGAAGUUCUCAGGCGGCCACAUAAACGGCAAUGGCAACGUGCCAAACGAGCAAGUGACGUCAGCGAAGGUGUCGAGCUACACGGUGCCGCAGCCGCAGAAGGCCGAGGUCCGUGGACAAAGGCCGCCGCUGCUCCCGAAGCCGCAGCCACAGUUCGCCCAGCCCCAGCCUUUCCCUUCGACCAGCACCAACUCCAACGAUGGCCUCUCACUACAGGGUACGCUUCUUCAAGAAUAAUUCUAGAAGCUUUUUCGUUCUCCUCCAGGUUUUUCUCAAGUACUUUCGAAUAUAUUUGAUAGUAGUAAGGAAAGCUCUCUUAUUGGUAUAUUAGCAAAUGCUUGUUGCAAGAAAAUACGAUUUCCUCCAAAAAAAAACUUCGAAUAUUGUUUUCUCAAUUAUUUUAACUACAUUUUUAUAGUCCUGAACUUGAGAUCCGUUCGACUUUUUUUGUAGACUUUGCAGAGCUUCACAUUUUCUUCACCAUAUAAUAUUAUUGAAGGAGUCCGAAUGAGACCCGGAAGGGGAAUUGGCGGCAAGGCUGAGGAAGUGCAGAAACGAGAGUCGGAGAUUUUCCAAAGUCUGCAGGUGAGAUAAAAUGAAUAUUUCCUCUAAUUUUUUUGAAAUUUCAGGAACACCGUGAAAAAAUGAAACGCGAAGCAGAAGCCGGAGAAGCACGACGACAAGCCGAGUGGGAGGAUCAGCGUCUGUUUUUUUUCUCUCUUUCUUUAUAAAAUUAUUUUGACAUUUUCCUAAGUUUACUUUUGUUCAAAGUUUCAUGGUUAAAGUUUUUCGCAUCAUCAGAUAUUUUGAAAAAGAUUGAAAAUUUUCGAUGGACAAGUGAAGAAAACGAUUAUACUUUUAUACAACCGGAAAACUUUUUCCGGUCUGUUAAAUUAUAGAUCAUGGGCCCCAAAAAACAAUAUUUUCGAUUUUGGUAGCCGUAAAUACACAAUAUACAUUCUUUCCCUCAUUUUUUAAAUGUUUAUUAUUCUUUUAUUCACGUUUUUUCUGGUCUCCUAACUCCGUUUCGGUUGCCUUAAAGAUUACGAAACGGAUAAAAAAAUAACUCUUCUUGUUGUGAUUGUAAAAAGACCGAUUCGCAUUUGAUUGUUUCAAAAAGGUUGAUUUCAGAACGAAAAGCUCGCGAGGCGGACGCGGCGAUGCGGGAGAUGGCUCAGAAGGCGCGGGAGCAGCAUCGACAGCUCAUCCGGACGAGCACGAGCAUCCUUCCGGCUCUCAAGGACACCAAAGCGACGAGCCUUCGCGAAGCCAUGUAGGAAUCACUCGUUUUCCAAUUUUUUUGUUUUUUUCUGUUUUCACUGAAGUAUUUGACCUUCGAAGUUCUGAAAACAACCAAAUUUUGUCUUCUUUUCAAAAUUUUCUCAUUUGAGUUAAUGCUUCGAAAAGUAGUUUGCCGUCCUUUAUUCGGAAGUUAAAAUUAGCUUUGUUUUAUGUUGGUCUUUAUAAAAAAAAUAUUUUUUUCUCUUUUGUUAUUCUUCAAAUCGGUUCGUUCUGAAGAGGUUUUUUUAUGCUCGAAAAAAUUUUUUUGUUGUUGAACUUUUUUUUAGUUCUUAAUUUUUCCGUUAAAAUCGAUUUUUCAUAAGUUUAAAGUGUAUUUGAUUUUUUUUUUGACAUUUCUGUAGUCUCUGGCCAAAUGUAUACAGAAACCACCAGAACCGAUUCUAUUAGUAUUUUUCGAAGAAGUGCUCCUCACAUAACUCUCGUUUUACAGAAAGAAUUUGCCACGACCGCCUCGGCCAAAGUCGCGAUCGGCGAUCGUCGAAUGGUUCAAAAGGGAAGAACUUCGACGCGGAACGGGCCUCGAUCCAAAGACCAAGGCUCCGGCUCCUUGGUUCCAUGGUUCGAUUCCUCCUUUCUCCUCUUUUGAAUUCGAUUCUGCAGGUAUUAUCUCGCGACAAGAUGCUGAGAAUCUACUACUGGGAAAGCCGACCGGAUCUUAUUUGGUCAGGGUCUCUGAACGCAUUUGGGGGUUGGUUUUUCUUUUUUUUUUAGUUCAGAUGAAAAUUUUCUUUAAAAUUUUCCGUUCAGUCACAUUAUCAAUUUUAGAGUAGAGUGAAGUAUUGAGAAGGGCAAAAAAGAGAAACAUUUUUUUAUUUUUUUGUCCAAUUUUGAAAAAUCUUAUCACUCAUAACUUAUCGUAGGGAUUAUUGACGAAUUUUUUUCUUCCUAGAAAAAAAUUUAAAUUGAAUUUAAUUAGCUUUUAUUUCCAAAAAACCAAAGACGAUUUGAUAAGACCGAAAUGCAGUGUUGAAAGACAAAUUUAACUAAAAACUCAGGCUUAAAGAGAAAAAAAGAAAGUUUAGAAGCCCUUUUGAAUACUUGUUCCCAGCAAAUCGUUGUUCUCUUUGUCGUAUGUUAGUUUUCCUUGGAUAAAUGAUCGGAGAAAAAAGGAAGAAAACUUGAUUGAAAAGAAUUUUUUCAGUUAUACUGUUUCGUACGUAGUGGGAGACGGGACUUUCAAGCACUUUUUGGUGGAGAAAAUCUCGCAAGGAUACCAGUUCCUGGGAACGAACCAAGUCGUCCACGACCAACUCUUCGACCUCGUCUCUUAUCACGAGGUUUAUCUUUGAAAUGCUCUGUAAUACUUCUGAGCUGCUUAGGAACUCCAGAAUGGUCCCUAUAAGGGAAACAUUCGGGGCCUUGAGAGGGUCUCUUCUAGGGGCCACUUUACCAACCCCUAUAGAGACCCUUAAAACUCGCAAGGGUGGCCCCUUUAGGGGUUUCUGUUAGUCGCCCCUAUUGCAAAACAUAAAAAUCAGUUUGAUGUUUUUUCUUGUGAAAAAGUUAAUUUUAUUCAGCUUGAAAUUAAUUUUCUUCGCCCUGUCAGUGAAAGAAAUAGAAACUGUUUGAAAAAUUUGACUCAGUAAAAGAAAGAAUUAAGUUUCAAAUUUUCUGGACCCGACCUUUGAAAUAGAUUUCACGUGAGGUUUUAUAAUAGUCUAAAUUGAUUUUGGGAUUUUUCGCAUCUAUUUUUUUUUUUGAUAGAAAUCGAAAAGUUGAUGAGAACAACCAAAAGUGUUCUUCAUUUUUUUUUUGUGAAGAGUUUUUUUUUGGCUGUAGUUUUCCCUAAAUUCAAUUUUCAGACGGCGCCAAUCACAGCGAAAGGCGGCGAAGUGCUGAAAUGGGCGGUGGGACAGGCUGUUCGGCCGGCCGAUUUCUCGGAUCUUCUUCCUGAACCUUCCGUCCUUUCCAAUCCUUUCGGCCGAUAUCCCGUCGGUCGAUUUUAA